GGCGGGCCGUAAGCGCUUCGCUAAUUAUACCCUGUGGCUUACAACGCCCUGACGACUCAAACCAUCCGCCGCCACCACACACCGUCGUCGCCGUCGUCGCCGCAACUCCCGCCGUUCUUCCUCGCCGACCUCCACGGAACCGCUCCAAAGCCUUGGUCGCCAGCCUCCGCCUCCACGGAACCGAGGAAGAUUGCUCGUGUAUUCCCUUCAGAGCUCAGUUCACUGCAUUUCUGCAGUGUUUCUGCACUUCAGAGGUUCAGAUCCUACCUGUAUGCAGUGACCGGAUAGUUUUGAUAAUGGGAGCCCGCAGCCAGCUUUGGUCGAUCGCCAAGAUGUCGGUCACCGGGGGUGUAAUCGGCGUCACCAUUUCCGACCGCUACGUCACCGUGGUCGCGAUAAAGGGUCAUUCGAUGCAUCCCACCAUGACGGCCACCGACAGCGCCUUGCGAGGUGACAUCGUGUUAGCGGAGAAGGCCUGCCUCGACCAGUACAAAUUCUCUCGUGGCGAUGUGAUUUUGUUCAAAUGCCCUAGUAAUCAUAAGGAAGUGUUCGUGAAGAGACUGAUUGGCUUACCUGGUGAGUGGAUACAGCUCCCCGCGUCUUCUGAGAUAAUUAAGGUCCCACAGGGGCAUUGCUGGGUUGAAGGGGAUAAUGCUGCUAGAAGCUGGGAUUCGAGGUCAUUUGGUCCACUUUGUACCAGAAAUAUGUGGAGACUUGCAGUCAACAGUUCUAAGAAUUGGCAUCAAGUGGUAUUGAAUAACCUGGCAAGCUUCCUGGAGUAUGUCCAUUUCAUAUCCCUUUAGGCCUAAUAAACGGGAGGGUGACCCACAUCAUCUGGCCGCCGUCGAAGAUCGGCAGAGUGGAGAGAAAAUGGCCCGAAGAUAGAAUCCCGCCGUUUUGAUUCGACUCCUCACUGCGCGUGAUGAUGAUCCAUCCAGUUUAGCCUGUUUUGGGGCUACCAGAAGUUUAGCUAGCCGUUGUUCACGUUUUGGUGAGAUUUGAGUUAUGCCUGUUUUGGGGCUACCAGAAGUUUAGCUAGCCGUUGUUCAAGUUUUGGUGAGAUUUGUUCUGAAAUUUCAUUUUGCCCACCAUUGUUGUUGCUGUUGCUUACUCGUGUAAACAAUUGUCUUUGAUUUGGUCAAAUGUAAAACCUCAAUCGAGGCCCUUCACAUUCAAUCGUUUGUUUUGCAAACAAAUACAGCUUGGCAAUGAACCUUUGCAACUUGUUG